GCCAAUGCGAAGGCGAACACCGGGGUCACUGAGAAGAAGGUUACUGAGAGUAGCAAAGACCACCAUACCAACCAUCCCUCCUGGGUAGACAUGGUCAAGGAAUGUAUCACUGCCCACCCAGACGAUGCUCGCCAUGGUGUAUCUCGUCCGACGAUCAAGAAGUUCGUCGAAAUCAAGUACAAAAUAUACCCGAACCAGACGAGUAACAGUCAACUUGCCCGUGCUAUCACGCAUGGCGCUGAGAAAGGCAUCUUUGUCUUGCCCAAAGGCCCGUCUGGCAAGAUCAAGCUUCCCCCCAAGGGCUCUAGCCCUCAUGAAACGACUAAAGAGAACACCUCCGCGGGUGCGAAAGCACCGAUCAGUUCGGCGAAAGCAUCUACCAAGAAAGUUGUACCUGCCAAAGCUCAACCGACCGGCGCUGCCAUGAAGAAGAAAAUGGCAGCAGUCAAGGCCACACCCAGUGCCAAGCCGGGUGUCAAGAAGACAUAUACUUCGCGGAAGGUUGCUGCUGCGAAGAAGUCUCGAAUCGCCGCUACCAGGAAGAGAGGACCCGUGACGAAGGCAGCGAGAGGUAUCACAAGGAAGACCCGGUCUAAGGGAGGCUCUGUGAAGGCUUCGGCGAAGGAGAAGCCAGCCACUGCUAGCAGGAAGGGCGCAAACAAGAAAACGACGACGAAG